AUGGAACUGUCUGCUAGAUUAAAUAGCAAUCAAACCAUAGAUGCUGCCCAUCAACGUGUAUUAAAUAAUGAAACUCGGCAUUGGCAAAAUAUAUUUGAGCGUUUAAUGGCAAUCAUUGAAUUUCUUGAUAAACAAUGUUCACCUCUUCGAGGUACAAACGAUGUUCUUUACGAAAACAAUAAUAGCAAUUUUCUCGGACUAGUACAGCUUCUGGCAAAAUUUGAUAGUGUUAUAUCAGAACAUGUUUGCAGAAUUCAAAAUAAGGAGAUUCAUAAUCAUUAUCUAGAUUGUACUCCCGAUAAAAGUAGAGUAGAACAAAUGUCAAUAACUAUACGGUUUGUUGAUAUUAACCGAGAUACAAAAAAAGUAGAUAUUUGUGAACAUUUUCUUGGGUUUAUUCUGAAUAUGCGAGGGCAAGGUUAUGAUAAUGGCUCAAACAUGAAAGGUCGUAAUUCUGGUGUACAAAAAAAAAUUUUAGAUAUAAAUAGUCGUGCUUUUUUUGUACCAUGUCAUGCUCAUACACUAAAUUUAGUUGUAAAUGAUACUGCUAAAUCAUCCACUGGAGCAAGCAAAUUUUUUAUUCAAAUUCAAGCUAUAUUUUUAUUUUUAAGUGGUUCUACUCGUCGAUGGGCUGUUUUAAAAAAACAUAUAACACAAUUAACUUUGAAGCCAUUAAGUGAAACUAGAUGGGAGAGUAGAAUAGAUGCAAUUAGACCAUUCAGAUAUCAAACAGGUGAAAUAUUUGAUUCAUUAUACGAAAUAAGUCAGGAUAUAUCUUUUGAUCAAAUUACCCGAUUAGAAGCUGAAUCUUAA